UCGAAAUUUCAUUGCUUGUAUUUGAGAGUUUUUUGUACUUCUCCCUCUUAAUUCUUAUUUUUUUAAAUCCAAGCCAAAAAAUGUAUCUUUACACUUUAUUAGGAUAUUCUGACGCUGUUCUUUGUGUUUAUGAUUGUGUGUGUGUGUGAUUAUUUUAUGAUUUUUUUGAUUGAUUGAAAUGAUCUACCUAAAUUUGUUUUUAUAUAGCUAUAGGAUUUGAUUACUUUUAAAUUAUUUUUUAGGGAUUUUUUGUAGGAUCUUUUAAGGCUUGUAUGCAAUAUUUAAUGUUUUUUGGAAUGUAAUUUUUGUAUUUUGUUUUCUGUCGUUUAAUCAAGCUUCUUUAAAAUCAUUUUAAUAUUUUUAAAUUUUUUAUUAAAAAUUUUGUUUAAAAAUAUUAAUUUCCAAAAAAUUUAUUUUUCAAAAAUAAAAAAUUAUUUUUUAGAAUGCUCGAGGAACCAAUUUCACCUUUAACCUUUCUUUCAAUUUCUGCCAUAAUUACUACAAUCUCUCUCUUCUUUUGUGGAAUCCCAAUAUGUAUACAAAUUUAUCGUCGAAAUAGUGCUAAAGAUAUCAGUGGAUUUCCCUUUUUAAUGGGAUUUCUUGGCGGUUCAUUUUGGCUUCGUUACGGCUUUUUAAAAUCAGAUCUUACAAUGAUUACAGUAAAUGUUGUUGGUGUUACUUUAAUGAUUUUCUAUUUGCUGUUUUAUUUUUAUUAUUCCCAGCCAAAAACAAAUUUUGUUAUUCAAAUGGCGAGAAUCGAAGUUGUUCAACACUUCCUUUGCCCCCUCUGUAUUGCUAAUUUACUUGUUUCUUCCCAAUGGUGUUUAUAUGGAAUUUAUGUUAGGGAUAUUUAUGUUAUUAUUCCAAAUAGCGCGGGAAUUUUACUUGCUUGUGUUCAAAUUUCUCUUUUUCUUGUUCUACCGCCAAAUGAAAGGUCUCAUGCUCCACUUGCAAAAUGCUGUCCUUGUGUACUUGAUUUGGAGAAAGGGGAAAUACUCGAAAGUGAAAACAGUAGCAGACAACGACGAAGGAAAGGACAUCAAAAAAAAGCUAAAAGAAUACAUUCAAAACUUCCUUGUAAAAAAUUAUUGGAACGACAUUAUAUUAUUGACAGUCGAGUUAUUCCGGCUUCUCGUGCUGCUUGUAUUGAAUAUUUCCGUGGAGGUUAUGGCCGUCCAUUCGAUGCCAGUUUUGGGUCUGUUAAUAGCCGUUCGACUGCAGAUUCUUGGCUAACUAAUUCAUUGUCCCGUGUUUCUUCAAUUUCCCAUCCUGAUUUAUUCAAUUCUGAAAUUUACAAAGAUGGACAUAAUAAUGGGGCUAGGAACAAAAUUGUUGUUGAAGUUUUGACUAUUGAUGAAAUGCAACAACAACAGCAGCAUCACAGACGUCAUCAUUGCCAUUCAAAUUGUGGCGGUUCUUUACUUCAUUCUCGGGCAUCAAUGUAUAUUUCACAAGAACAACCGAGUACUUCACAAAUAUAUUCAAGUAAUCAACAACAAGAUGAGGGCUUUGCAAGCAGUUCUGCCGCUCUUUCAAUUUCUUCUCGACCAACAAUUUGUUUUGAUACAGCAGAAUAUUCAGGAGAAAAUGGAUUGAGGAUGUUAAAUGGAGAUAAACAACUUUUAACAGAAUCAGAUCCCGGAGGGGGAAAUUAUUUGCUUUGCAGGACUUUAAGUGCUCCAGAUUUGCAACAAAUUAUGGAAAGAACGUUUAGAAGUUGA